GCGAGAGGCGUUAUAGUGCGGUCGAUAUCGAGGAUUUCAAAGGAUUUAUAACUUUUAGUGAUGGACAAUAUAACUGACAACACUUCCAAUAUGGCGUGGUAUUCUAAAGGAGUUGUGGACUACGUAGACAACUGGUUCCUGAUGAGCACCCCAUGGCCAGUGAUAGCAAUAUGGCUGACGUACAUCGCGUUCGUACUCAAAUUGGGCCCUUCUUACAUGUCGAAGCGGCCCGCUUACCACCUCAAGAACACUUUACUUUUAUACAAUAUAUCUCAAGUGGUACUCUCUGCCUACAUUUUUAACUAUGGCGUGGAUAUUUUAAGUAACUGGGGAUUGGUGAGCUCGCAGUGUGCCACCGAAGGAAAGGAUUCACAGCAUUAUAUUUUACGCGGAGUCUACAUAUACUUCCUAGCCAAAGUGUCAGAACUUCUCGACACAGUAUUUUUCGUCCUCCGAAAGAAGAUGAACCAAGUGACCUUCCUCCAUGUUUACCAUCACUCUUUAAUGAUGCUCAGUACCUGGUGUGCCAUCAAGUAUAAUCCCACUGAUGCGGUGGUAUUCUUAGGGACUAUUAACUCUCUGGUACACGUAGUCAUGUAUGGAUAUUAUGGAUUGUCAGCGUACCCUAGCCUGGCGAAAUAUUUGUGGUGGAAGAAAUAUAUAACGUCGUUUCAGUUGGUGAGUAUUGUUUUCCUUCCUCCAUGUAUACCAUCACUCUUUAAUGAUGCUCAGUACCUGGUGUGCCAUCAAAUAUAA